AUGCUUACAGGGUUGGCUUCUGGAGGUCACUUGCAGCCCAAAUUUGUCAACUUGCAAAGAUGCCACGUUCCUGGUCUGAUUGGGAGGGAACUGAACUUCUCGAGAAUUGCAUUUUAUUCAAAGAGUAAAGUUACUUGCGUUUCCACCCCAUCAGAGAAAGUCGCUUAUACUCGUGAAGAUCAUGAAAAAAAGUGCCCUUUGGUUAAAAUGUGUGGGAUUACCUCAGCUCGAGAUGCUGUGAUGGCAGCAGAAGCUGGUGCUAAUUUUAUUGGGAUGAUUCUUUGGCCCAACUCGAAACGUUCCAUUUCACUUUCAGUUGCAAAGGAAAUUUCAAAAGUUGCAAGGGAAUAUGGAGCAGCACCAGUAGGGGUGUUUGUGGAUGAUGAUGCAGACACUAUAUUGAGAGCUGCAGAUGCUGCGGACCUUAAAUUUGUGCAGCUUCAUGGGGAAGGCUCACGGGCAGCUUUUCCAGAUUUGAAGGGACAAAACCGAAUAGUGUAUGUCCUCCAUGCAAAUGAGAAUGGAAAGCUUCUAAAUCAAAUUUCAGAUGAAGAAUGUUCUUUGGUUGAUUGGAUUCUUGUAGAUAGUGCAACAGGUGGCAGUGGAAAAGGAUUUAACUGGGCACAGUUUGAAUUGCCACCAAUCAAAAGCAAGAAUGGAUGGCUCUUGGCGGGAGGGAUUAAGCCUGAAAACGUUAGCGAAGCUCUUUCUAUCCUCAAACCUCACGGUGUUGAUGUUAGUAGUGGUAUUUGUGACUCCGAUGGCAUUAAUAAGGAUCAAUCACGAAUAGCGUCUUUUAUGAACGCUGCCAUUAUUAUUAGCAUCCCAUUCUAUGGAGUUAAUCUAUUUGAGGUGAAUAAUAUGGAUGGAGCAUAG